AUGGGCGCCUUACCAAGCCGUGAAACACAUCAAAGAGGUCUCUACAGUCACCGCCAUGGCCGUAAUCGCCGCAGUGAAAUCAUUCUUAUUCCACUAACUUCUACCUUUUUCCCGAGCCCCGACUGCGACCUCUUUCAGCAUCUUUACAAUGCUCGUAAUCGGCGAACGGUGAAGUAUUACCUGCGAGCACCUCGUUCCACCGAUUCGACAAUUGAAAGCGACUAUUUCUGUAAUACUGUGCGGGUAAAUGAACCUGAAGAGUUCAAUAAAUUUAAUCAGGAGCGAUUUGUAUCCGAGAAAUUACCAAAAAAGCAGCCAUACCAAUCCUCACAAACUCAGGCUAGUGGGUUGAAUUUAAAACCCCAAGCACCAAACCCUCUAAACACAAUGGCAAACGGUGGUGAGAAUCAGUUUAGCUGUUCUAUGACUGGAGGAGAAUCUCACAGGAAAAGCACACCUCAGGACUACGACUAUCAAAGCUACUCUGAUACACCCGAGGGUCUUUACCAUGUACUUGUUCACGAGACGGAUCUCUGCGUCUACGAUACCGACUUUGAGUUGCGGGAUGCAUACUAUAAACAAAUACAGGAACAGCGGAUGGAAUUGGAUAGGGUUCAAAAAGAAUGGUGUCGUCGACCAUCUAUGAAUGCCUCCUUGCAUACGGCAACUGAUCCAUCGCAUAACAUUCCUUCUACCAAUACCCCGGCGUAUCACUUACCACAGCGACAAUCGCCGCACCCUUUCAUGCAGGGGAAAGCAUAUUCCAAGGAUAUGGACCCCUCAGAAUUUUCGACGCAGCUACCGAAAGGAAAUUGGGCCCCAGGGCCUUCUGCAUCUAUUCCUCCACCUGUGCCGGAUGUGUCAUCCAAUAUUGAGAAUAUUUCAUUUGACGCGUUUGUCAGUGGUUACAUCGCCGCUAAACGAUACAUGAGAGGAAAAAAGAAAAACACAAAUUAUCGUGCCGUUGACAACAACUUCAACAAUGGAAUUGAUGAUGUGGGAGUUGACAUUAACCAUUCAACGACUCGCGUGGAUCAGGACAUGCCGAGGCAAACCUCGUCUUCAACGGCGUAUUCAGAUCCGCGCAAGUACGUCAAGCACACUACUUCGCCCUCGGCGUACUAUAUUCACCCCAUCCCAUGUGUGAUCGCAUCGCGCUACGUCGAAAAGAAGCCCCCCGUACCGGACGAUCCUUACUGCGUGAUGUUCGAAGGCUUUUACGUAAAAAUCAUGGGCAUGUUCGGGCUUUUCCCGUCCACCGUUCCGAUGCGCUACGAGAAGGUCUCGGGUGACUCCCACGAGACGGCGAUGGACGAUUUAGCCACCGAAGCGUCGACAGCGCACCAAACCCGGCAGCAUCACCAUCGCGCCAUGCCACAAAAGGAGGACUAUCCAAGCCACGAUGACGACAUCGACAAUGAGGUUAACAUCGAGCAGCAUCUCCUCAAGGGCAGCAUGUUUGUAGACAAGGAUGUUGGGGACCAAAUCCUCGGCAAUAUGGUCAUGCUCGCGGCGCAUAUGUACGUCCGACAGUGUAUCGAGGCCCGCAUUCAGCCCCAAUGCAUCCCCAUGUUGCCCUUUUUUAUGCGCUUCCCCCUUUCCAACAUCCCCAUGCUGCAGUUUGUGAGGGAGUUUCGUCUUCGUCUUAGGGUGCUACUGGAGGCUGGGACGGCGAAAUCGGGCUAUAAACCCAUGCACGCCGGCCUGGGUGGCAUCAGCCCCGAGGAGGUCAUUGAGGACUAUGACCCCAAGCAGCUCCGAAGCGAGGCCGAGGGGUACCUCUUCGAGGAGAACAUCCCCGACGUUGACGGCCCGCGGGAGCUCUUUAUGGGUGCGCAGCUCCACCAGGAGUACAUGUCGGCGAUCAAGCGCCCCACGUCGAACACCAACCCCAUGGGGAACUUUCCCAUCAUGAUGCUCUCUGGCUUUAACGUCCAGCACGCGGCGUUGCGGCAUCCGGCCCUGAACGUGGCCCGCCUGGGACGCCGCUCCAGCUUGGCCAAAAACCACCAAUGGGGCAGCGCCCUCCUGCCCACUGUGGAUCCCCAAGGCUUGGGCUACCCCUCGCAGCCCUCCACCUUCCCCUGCCUGUCACCCAAUCAGGAGGCCCAUAAACUCGACCUGCUGGAGCGGCGAAAAAAACGCUUCCGGCUCUGGGUGGAGAAGGGGUACAUGUGUAUUUGGGCAAGUGCAGCCUACGCGCGCCGGGCCUGCAUUCUGUUGGCCCAGCAACUGAACACCACCGUGGACGGGACGGCGCUCCCGGGGAUGCGGUCGUGGCGGUACCGCGGGCUCCUCCACGGCGGCACCCACGUCCCGCGGCCGGAGAUGGCGAACGACACCCUGAUCGUCGCCGAGGACAUCCCCUCCGCCGGGCUCUGGCAGGGCGACGUCCUGCGAUGCUGCACAAACGAGGAGCUGCUCGCCUACCAAGCCCACCAGCCAUUGCCGCUUCCGGGCGCCUGGCGGACGGCGCUGUCGAGCUCGCCCAUGGCCACCACGCGCAGUGCGAAAGGGGUUCCUGACAGUUCGGAUAUCGGUCAGUCUGGGAAUCCCGCUUUACAGGAGCAAGUGCCGGCCCCAACGGGCGCCUUUUGGGUGCGCGGCUCCGGCGGGCUGGAUGACAGCUUCAUCGACGUCACGGAGCCUAACAUCUCGCUGAAUCCGAAGAUGGAUAAACAGAUUCAACAGGUUGCCCAACAACAGGCAAGAAAACGCGCUGCCGCUGCGAUAACCGUGGCCAAACAUCACAACUGCGUGCCCGUGAAAGAAGAGAUCGCUGUGGCGACGAUGAUGACCCUUAGCCCCACCGACAACACGACGGUUAUUGACUAUCGUGAGGGAACGCUCAAAAUUGAAGAGGUUAUCCUUUCGUGGAUGCGCUCUGUGUACAUGCAGACACGUAAGAUCCCUGAAGACGAGCAAGGGUGGCUGUGCGACCCGAGUGGUCACCUUGUGCGUCUUGACCGGUACACUUUCCACCGCUUCGAGCACGACGGGGUGCGCUUCUUUAUCGGCUCCACGACACGAUUCGUUGGGCAGCAGCAGCGAAUCGAUAAGAUCUUGGACGAGUUGAACACCAUGGAAAAGCGGGAGCUGCAAAUAUUAUCAACUGAAGGCGAUAAAACGGUUUUGAGUGGCACCGUUGAAGCCUUGGCGGGUCCGCGCAGCAGAGAUUCCCUUCUUUGGGAAAAAUACCGCUGUUCUGAUCCGCAUAAAGUGGAUAAGACUUUAUUAACAUGGAGAGAAGCCGUUGGUGACUCGCAAACCUCUUUAGAGAUAGUGGAUGAUGAUGACGAGGAUAUGUUCCACCUCGUACAUAUUGGUUAUGGUAAUUAUCUUGGUUCCGAUGAUUAG